GGCAGGACCACAGGCAACCCGUUAUAAAACCGAUCGAUCUCAUGUACCUUUACCCCAUCCAGCAUCCAGCAAGGCCAGCAACACACCAACAGCAAGAGAGUGAACAAAGGGUGGCCCCCUAGCCGCCAUUAGCCAUAAUACUCAUAGCGAAGCACAAGCACAGCUGCACUCCAAAGGAGCCCCAGAGCAACAAGCUCUCUCAUAAAUCACAAUGGCCGCCAUUCCUUCUCCUUUGCAUCCACUACUCGCCAUCGUCGCCGCCGCCGCCAUGCUCGUCCUCCUCCUCCCCUCCCCGUCCCUCGCCGGCGACGCCGACCUGCUCCAGGACAUCUGCGUCGCUGACCUCACGUCCACCGUGAAGGUGAACGGGUUCGCCUGCAAGGCCGGCGCCGUGACGUCGGACGACUUCUACUUCAAAGGCCUCGCCGUCGCCGGCAACACCAGCGCCACCGCCACCGGCUCGGUCGUCACCGCCGCCAACGUCGAGAAGAUCCCCGGCCUGAACACGCUGGGCGUCUCCCUCUCCCGGAUCGACUACGCGCCGGGCGGGGUGAACCCGCCGCACACGCACCCGCGCGCCACCGAGGUGAUCUUCGUCCUCCAGGGCACGCUGGACGUGGGCUUCGUCACCGCGGCCGGCAACCGGCUCGUCGCCAAGACCCUCUCCGCGGGGGACGUGUUCGUGUUCCCGCGCGGCCUGGUCCACUUCCAGCGGAACGCCGGCGACGACGCGCCCGCCGCCGUGCUGUCGGCGUUCAACAGCCAGCUCCCUGGGACGCAGUCGCUCGCCGCGGCGAUGUUCGCCGCCGAGCCGGAGGUGCCGGACGCCGUGCUGACGAAGGCGUUCCAGGUCGGUACCAAGGAGGUGGAGAAGAUUAAGGCUAGGCUUGCACCCAAAAAGGGCUGAAGAUUGUACUGUACUUCCCAGAUGAUCCUUUUUCUGAUUGGUUUCCCUGUAUCUCCACUAAUAUAUAAGCCACUCGAUCUGCAUUUGUUCAUCAUUCCCAAUUCAGAAAAUUUGACGACUGAUUAAUUAUGGUGACAGUGUA